CACCAACUACAACCCUUUAGAACCCAAUGGCAUUACCGAAAUAAUAUUCAUAUUUAUGCCUAAAAUGGGUAUCGGGAAUAUACAUCGAUCAAAACGGCGGGGCACUGUCUCUUGCAAACACUUUCACUUUGUUUUGAUGAUAAAUCCGAGGUUCACAGAUUGAUUAAUAACGCCGGUGCUCGAAAAGAAAAGCUCUACCAAUCUUCUAUACCAUCUUCUCCAUCAAAAUCCUAGGGUUUAGUGCUCGAUUACUGCAAUAUAAUGGAUGUUUUGCCAGCUCUUCCGGUGGGCUACCGGUUCCGUCCGACAGAUGAAGAAUUGAUCAAUCACUACCUGCGGUUAAAGAUCAAUGGUUACGACGACGACGUAACUUGUAUUCGGGAAAUCGACGUUUGCAAGAAAGAACCUUGGGACUUACCCGAUUUAUCGGUUAUUGAAUCAAUUGACAAUGAAUGGUUCUUCUUCUGCCCCAAGGAUCGUAAGUAUCAGAACGGGCAGCGAUUGAAUCGGGCAACAAUAGCUGGGUACUGGAAGGCUACCGGGAAAGAUAGGACGAUUAAGACUUCCAGGGGGAGUCGUGUGAUUGGAAAGAAGAAGACGCUUGUUUUUUAUCUUGGUCGUGCUCCAAAAGGGGAGAGGACUCAUUGGGUGAUCCAUGAAUACUGUGCUACAGAAAAGGAACUCGAUGGUACUCAUUCUGGACAGAGCCCUUUUGUGCUUUGUCGUUUGUUCAGGAAACAUGAUGGCAAAGAUGACGAUCCUGGGAGUCCAAAGUUCAUUGAUGUUGAUCAGAACACUGCUUCUUCCCCUUCCCUUGUGAAGUCUUCCACCGAGGAUCCUCCUUCAGACCCUGUCACUCCGAUGUUGACUGGUCAAAUCGGAGAUACUGAUGAAGCAAAUGUUGACCCUCUCGGUUAUCUUGAUUUACAAGGCCUUUGUGAUCCUAUACCGGAGCAUUUGGAUUCAAAGAUCUUUUCCCCUUUGCAUUCUCAGAUGCAUGUAGAGUUUGGAUCUUCAUACCUGGGUAACCCUUCAAUUGACAACCCUAUGCAAUAUCAGUAUGGGACAAAUGCGAAAGAUAUCAUGGAGUUUUUGGAUAAUGUCUUAGUUGAACCAGAUCGUUUUCCUUUGGAGGAUACCAGUUAUAAGGAUGCUUGCCCUGCUCAAGCUUCUAUGGAAACGGCUCGUUUUAAAGAGCCUGAAUCUAUUGGCGAGUUAAAGGGCAAAAUGGGCCACGAUGCAAAUGGUAAUGGACCAUAUGUGCAGGACAGCAGGACGCCAUGUCACAUGGGACAUGAAUUGCAAGGCAAUUAUCCUGAUGAAAAUAUCAUCUGGUUCUCUCCAGUUGAAGACCAAGUUAAGAGUUUUGUCAAGGAAGAACACGAACUAUGCAGCAACAAUGGCAAUUCAUUGGCAUCUGGGAAUGACGUCAACUCUGGAACGGGAAUCAUAAUAAGGAAUUGGAAAAAGGCAAAGCUUCCUGGUAUCCCAUUCCAAGGAACUGCAAACAGAAGACUUCGUGUUAACAUGAAACUAUGUGUAAGGCCCUCUUAUAACCAGGAACAACCAACAAAUAUGUGUUUUAAUGAAGAGCAAUCUAUCAAGGACAAGGUUGAUGAUUAUAAAGAGGCUAUGGAGGAAGAUCAUGUGGCAUAUGAUGAUGAAAACAGUUCUGGAACCGGAAUCGUAAUAAGAACUCGUGAAAACCCGAUUCCGUCAUCUAGUAUUCCAUUCCAAGGAACUGCGAGCAGAAGAAUCCGUUUGCAGAAGAAGCUACAACUAGGGUUCAUUCGAAAGCCGAUGAAAUUGGACACUAGUGAAGAAGAAUCUAGCGUAACUGAAGCAAAGGAACCCGCUGAGAUUUCAACAGAUGAAAAGAGUGUGGAUCAAGAUUCCGGUUCCAAUGUGAUUCAGGCGAAGGAAUCGUCAUUCUACAGUAAAGCUAAGACUUCAUUAGCUUCGAUUCCGGUGUUGUAUAUGCCUAAGGUGCUGGUGGUCAUGGGGUUGUGUGCAGGUGGGGUUGCUUUAUGGAAAUGCUUAAGAGGGGGUUGAGUGUGAAUAAGAUAAAAUAGGUUUAAGCGUUCAGAUAGUGGAAAAAACCGAUAAUAUAGAUAAGAGGCUUGUGUUUAUGUCUAUAUACCAAGACUGAUUUUGCAGUGGUAAUAUGAAGUUAUUUAUAUCA